UUUUCCGAGGACGCACCUUCUCCUCUACGCGCACAGACCUCACAAUCGAGUUCAUGCAGGACCAGGACUAACGAUUUUUAAACGUAACGAUAGCACACAGAUGAAGCUUACGUGGCAACUCGAGAGUUAACGAAUCUUGCUUAACAGUUUGGUGAUGGUGAAACGUUGUGCGUAAAAGUGGUCGGUGGCUGUAGUCUUGACCCACCUGCCGCAGGUGUCACUGCUGGUCCCAAUCUCUCGACUAUGUGCCUGGUCUGGAGUCAUGGAGGACGCACUGAUCGAUGUUGUGGGAGAAGGAGUGAAGGAGCCCACGGAGGACGGGCCUCAGGACCAGUCCAGCCCAGAGGUUCCCGGUGACUGCUCCGCUCCCGUGUGUCCGACACCCAAAGCCAAAGGACCUACGUCCGUCAAGCCACCAUAUUCAUAUAUAGCGCUGAUCACUAUGGCUAUUCUUCAAAGUCCAAAGAAGAGACUGACUCUGAGUGAAAUCUGCGACUUUAUCAGCCACCGCUUUGCUUACUAUCGUGAGAAAUUUCCCGCGUGGCAGAACUCCAUCAGACACAACUUGUCGCUCAACGACUGCUUCGUGAAGAUGCCACGGGAGCCUGGGAACCCUGGGAAAGGCAACUAUUGGACUUUGGACCCAAACUCUGCGGACAUGUUCGAGAACGGCAGCUUCUUGCGCAGACGUAAACGUUUCAAGCGACAACAUUUCCGGUUCGAGGCGCUCAAGGAGCAGCAUCUGGAACCCAGUGUGCUGCCGGGCUUUACGCACGGAGCUUACGGACUUGGAACAGGGGCUGUGCCGCUGCCCGGACUGGAACUGUACCCGUAUUUCCAGCACGCACCAUCUCCGUGUGCCGCAUCCAUCCCGCCCGUCAGCAGUCUACUACCGGCGCUGUCCAGCUUCUUCUCCCGAGGCGCGCUCUCAGCUAAGGCUCUGUUGCACGCGCAGCCUGUGGCACGGUGCACAGCAUACUCCACUCCACUGGGGCCAGGGUACGGUCCCCCGCUCUUUCCACCCGCGGCUCCUCAACUUCUGUCGGUGCAGGAAUACCACAAGAUCCAGGAAGAGCGCACUGUGGCUGCUCUGCCAAAACAGUGAUUCCGCGCGCACUGACUAUUCUCAGGUAACGGACUUUAUCUGGACCGUGACCCUAUCGUUAAAGACUGAAGAACGCUGUACAUAAAGACCCUUCUUACUCUGCUACAUUCUUCAUCUGACAUAGUCUAACUCUUUUAUUAAAAUAUUUAAAUAACGUU